GUUUUAUAGAUGCUACACGUUGUCCACCACAUCGAUUUUGAAUGAAUGCUGAAAGGGUUCGAUGCAGAAUCAGCGCAAACCCGUAGUUUGAUAAUGUUCUUCCAACAUGCAACAAGCACUAGAAACCCUUUUGACCCUACAGCGAGUUGGGGGCGGUGACUGGGUUUAUUUCCGCAUUGAAAGGCUCUUGCUUUUGUCGUGUUGAGCGAGCUUGUGUGCGAUACUUCCAGACUCGAAGACAUGGAACAAUGGCGUAGGUGAUGAUGACUUUUCCAACUGGCUAUACCUGAAACCUGACCUCUGACCUGUAAUCCCACGAUGCGACCCAAAGGCAGCACUAAAAAUGCAGUGCAGGUCAUCACACGCUACAUGUGUCGAUUCUGUGGCCGGCAGUUUCAGAACCUCCAAGAGAUGCAGACUCACACACAAGUGCACUUCAGCGAGAAGCCGCCACAUGCUUGCUAUGUGUGUGGCCGCACGUACCGCACACCAUCCAAGCUACAACGACACGUGCGUGUACACAGUGGGGAACGCCCAUAUGCCUGUUCCAUCUGUGGAAAAAGGUUCACACGAUCUGACCAUGUGAAACAGCAUCUGAAAGUGCAUAUGCCACAGCGGCAAAAAAAUGUGUGUCGUUUGUGUGGGAUGAGGUUCAUGAGGCGACAGACACUUCAGGCUCAUCUACGGAGCCAUGGGAUUGUUCAGGUUUUCUCUUGUAACCGGUGCGGAGAAGCAUUUGAAUCAGCGCUUCAGCUACACCACCAUAAGGAAACUCAUAGCAACAUCUUCUAUGGCCACAGCAGUGAUGGCCUUGAUGCAGAGGGGGGAUUGCCAAUCAGCAUCAAACGAGAGCCAGGGGAGGGAGGGGAAGUAGAGGAGAGUAGACCCAUUCUUGGACUUGCCAAAUUCGGUCUUGGACCUCAACCAGAUGUCAAAGAAGGCCUGGAUGGACAAGUGAGAGAAGAGAGUAACAACCCAGCUGUCCUGGCCAAACAAGCACUUGACAUGGCCUUGAAGGCUCAGGAAGAACCAGAAUACUCAGAGGAAAAACCUAGUCAGGUUAAUGGACACUUAGGGGACGAUGAUGAAAGCAAGUCGAUUGUUAUUGAUAAUGACAUUGCCGAACAAGAUGAUGAAGAUGUUGAGAAUGAUAAUGAUAAUGAUGGGCCUUCUGUUUCAAUAUCUAACUGUUUCUCCCUAGCAGAGGGUGAAAACUCCAUUGCAGAUGUACAUCUUAAAGAAUUGGAAGAGGUGAAAGCUACAACAUUCAGUGAUGGCAUGAAGAUGAUCCUGAUUCCUUCAGAUCUCGCCGAUGAGGACAAAUCGGAGGAUUCCAAUGAAGAAGCAGACGAUGCUUCUGAUAAGAAAGAUGAUGAAGAUGAGAAGAAGGAUGAUGAUAAUAUUCAAGUAAGCAGCUCAGCAGACGUGUCAUCAUCUUGUAACCGCGGAAACCGGUCAUCUGGUCAUCUUGUCUCCCUCCUUCCAAAACCUCCACCAAUCAUAGCAGCUCCAUCAAUGAGAAAAGAAACACUGAGCAACCAAUCAACAUCAUACAUCAACAUGAGAAGCCUUUUAACAGCAACACCAACACAAAGCAUUCGACCAUCUCGUCCAGAACCGCCUUUGCUCUGCAUGGGAGUUCCAGGGUUGUCAUCAGCAACAGCAGCAGGCAAGAGUUCAGGGUAUCUUUUCGGGAAAAAGAUGAUCCGGUGUGAUCACUGUUGCAUUUGGUUCGAGGACCAUUCAAUGAGUCUUCUUCACAUGAGUCUUCAUUCGGCCGACCCAUCAGAUCCUUUCACGUGUCGUAAGUGUCUGAAGCGCCUCGGGAACCGCCUGGAAUUCAUGGCUCACAUUGUCUGGCAUCUCGAUCCCAGCAUGGAGGAGAGGCUUAUGAAAAGUUAGUCAGUAACGGCCCACUCAGAUAUCUGAUCAUGCCAUUUUCUUGAUUAAGUAUUCCUUUUCAGAAGAUGUCAGUUUUUAUGAAAAGGUGUCAUGGAUAUUUUAUAAAGUGCCCCAUGCCAUGACUAAGAUAAGAGACUACAUAUCAUUAGAACAAUAUUGAGAUUCUUAUUUCCACCAGAUAAGUGUCCCACCCUUUAUCAGCUGUUUAUGACUACUCUCUGUUACAGAUUUUGUCUUUUUUGCUUGCAUCCUCCCUGCUUGAAAAAAUACAGUUGUUUUUAGUAAGUGCAACAGUCCCUGAAGGGGUUCUCUAGGAAAUCAUUUCGGUUAGCAAUAAUUUCUUGACAUAAUGUAAGCAUGACUUAGGAUCACAUUCAGGCAUGGCUAUUUCUCCAAAAGGCUAUAAAUGGCUAUUUAUAUGUAUUGAGAAAUAUCUUCCACAAUCACAAAUUAUAAGAAACCAUCUUUAACUGUAAGCAAAAGUCAAGGUCCUGAGAAAUAGAACUUGCUAUUUAAUGAAACACGUAUCAUUAAAUUGCUCUUUUAUUGAUCUGCAAGUAAGCACAUCUGUACAUGCAAACAUAGGAACUACUCAACUAACUCACCGAUAGUAUACUGAUAAAGAUACUCACAUGCCUUGCAGAAACCUAUGUGCCUGAGACAAUUAUUGGGUUGAAUAUGGUAAUAUGGUAUACACGUGUACAUUGUGGUGAAUGCAAUUACCAGUUGGGACAAAAUACACAUGGUAGUAAAACUGUGUUAUACACGAUUCUUUCAACAAACAGCUGUGAAAGGAGGGAUAAGUAUCUUGUUGAAAAUAACUUUUAAGAUAAGUGAGAGAAAAGAAUUAUUUGAAACUCUUUAAUAUUGCAAUUUAUGAAACUGUAGAAUUUAAUUUAUCAUCUUAAGCGAUUAACACUUUUUCAUGGGUUUGGCUUUGUUGGUUGGAAUAAAGUCUCAUGUGAUUUCUGGUUUGAUUUUGAAAAUAUUAACCAAGAAAUAUCAGUAUGGUCAGAUAUAAGGUGCUUUGUGUUUCAACAUGUAAUUAUGCACAAAUUAUCUUGCCCCAUAUAUUAUAGAUACUGCUUGUCCAUGACAUGCAGGAACUUCACUGGAAUAUUAAUCAAUGUUCUGUUUCAUGGUGUGAUACAAAAUACAUCUAAGCAAUUUUAGCAGAGCAGAAACUAUAAUUAUAUCAUAAUAUGUUUCUUGUUUGUGUAUUGUUGACUUCUGAAAUGUGCCUAUACACUCUUUCUAUUUUGUACCCUCAAGUACUUGUUGCAACAAUUGUGAUAUGACUGUUAUUGAUUGUGGGUUUGUAUUUCAUCACUCACAUUGAAGAGUUAUCUCCCUUGUAUCAGUGGUUUAUCUCACUGGAGACUUUUCCAGGUUGGUUAUCAUUGUUAUAUUUCAGAAAAUAUUCAAGAUAUUGAGUUAACUUUAUUCAUACACCUGUAUUUUUGGAAAUAUUUUGAAUAGGUGUAUUUGGUAUGAUUUCUGAGAAAAUAAUGAAAUUUGACAAUUCUUUUAUUCAACAAGUUAGUCCUCAUCUUAAUUUAAUUUGAUUGCAUGUAUUUCAGAAAUUUGAUUUUCAUAUGGAAUCGCAUAAUUAUUUAGGAUAAUCUUCAGAUGAUCUUAUUCUGAAAGGUACUUCCUAUUUAAUGUACAAUGCACUGGGGCUGAAAUGGUUGCCUGGUAAGUAGUAGGUGAUUACUCAAGUACUCUAGGAGUCAGCUCCCUUCUCUAUUUAAAAAAUGAACACCAUGACAAAGUUGGUAGACAAUGUUUAUCCCUCUGAAUCCACCAUGUGGAAUUUUUGCAACCAGAACAUAAGAGACUGGCCAUUUAAUACUCUAGGGAAGUCUGAAAUUUUUGUUAGAGACAAAAUAUAUUUUCGGCCAGAGACAUAUGAUGAAAUUAUUAUUUGACCCACAAAACAAUUUUUUUAGGACACAUAUUUGGCUCCCUUCCCAAAUAUCAAAUAGUUUUAAUGGUAAUACAAACUGAAGAAUACGCAACUCAGUUUAUGGGUAAAAGUUUAGCGAGGAACGCUUGCACCAAAGCCACUAAAAAUGUCGAUCCUUAAGACUUCAAAUGUGAAUAUUUGAGUAUUCAUUGAGCACUUCAUGGCAAGGUCAGUCCAGGAAAACAAUACUUCAUUGUGCCUCUUAUAAUGCACCACACCCAAAUCCUGCUAGUAAAGGAAAUUACAAAUCUUUGCAUAUUCCACUGGAAAGUUUAAGAUCGUAUUUAUUCCUCAUUAACAUGCAUUUGUAAAAGACUUUUGUUUUUUGUAUUCUACAUUUCUUGUUUUUGUACGCACCGCUGUAUUACAGUGUAAUAAGUAUUUUAUAUAUAUAUAUUUUUUAUUCAAAAUCAAAGUCUUUUUUUUCAAAGUAGGAAAACCAUCUUUUGAUAGACAUCAGGGGUGUGGAAAUACAAUUUGUAAUGUGUCCAUCUUGGAAGAAAUGAUUGUCAUACAAAUAGAAAUGUUCCGUUUGAUCAUCAAUGGACAAAUAAUGAUAUUGACUAGCAACUAUCAUCAAAUUUCCAAACAUGAUUUUGCCGAGUUUUAUUGAACAGGGCAGAUUUUAUAUUAGAAAACUAUUGCCAAAACUAUCCUAGAAUAUGGACAACAACCAUUGACUCUAUAUAUGUAGAUUGGGAUAGUUCACUUGUCCAGGGACAUGUGAACAUUGCUAAGAUUUCCACAGCCCUGGAAAAUACUUUCGUUUAUUAUCUAUGAAUCACAAGUGCACAUUUUCUUUAGCAUGUGGUUUUCAAGUGUAGUGUUUGAAUCAUUGUCUUUGUUUACAGUUUUGCAUGUUUUCUUGCAUGACAGUAGAGAAUAUAGAAUAUUUAUUGUAUUUGUAUGAGAUUAUUGUUUAAUUAUUGAUAUUUUGUCGUAUUUGAGUGUUUGUAUUAAAAAGCACCGUUUUCCCAUUUUUCAAAAGAGGGUCAAUUUAGAUGCAUGGUAGUCAGAAAAUGAACACAAAGAGUAACGUCAUAUUCUUUCUUUGCUUCUCCUGAUUUUCAUUACCUGUAAACUGUUUUUGUUACAAAUUAAGAGAUAAAGGAGGACUGGUAGCUUUGUGGUUCGAGUGUUCGCCCAUCAUGCCAAAGAUCCAGGUUCAAUUCCCCACAUGGUUGCAAUGUGUGGUGCCCUUUCUUGGCAUCCUCCAUCGUAAUAUGACUGGAAUAUUGGUAAAGGGCGUAUUACUCAACUCAUUCACUUAGAGAACUGAGGUAGAGAUAAUUAAAGAAAACAUAACAGUUACCAUGGUAACAUUCUGUUGCCUACUGCUAAUGUAAGCUUGCUGUGGCACAAUCAUCUAUGAAUAGCACAAGAUCAUGUUAAGAGUUAACAUAUUUCAGUCAUUAGUUAUUUUCUGAAGGCUCAAUGUCUUCUCUCAAAACAAAGGAGAAUGUAUUUGUUUUCAGCGUUGGAAGAAAUAUUGUUUGCAUAAUAUUCUAUGUAGAUGAAGAAUAUAGAAACAGGAUAAUUUAUGAAUUGGUUUCAACAUGCAUUUUAUUUAAAUUGUUAUUCUUCUAAAAGAUUUUGUUUUUUAAGACGAUGAUCAGAUGGAAUUUAUGCAGUGUUAAUUUAUAAAAAAUGACAAACAAUUGUCUUUGAAACUUAGUGCUCUAGUAAAAUUAGCUGUGAAUGUAUACAUGAAAUUCAAGCAUAGUACAUUUUAAGGCGAUGUGAUAUGAAAAUAUUUGACACUAUUGUAUGAAAAGCCUUCUUUUUAUUUUAUUAUGUUGUUUAUUUAAUCUUAUGUUUGUGUUUACUUUUACCUGUUAAUUACUCUGAAUAAUUUAAUUAUCUUCUGUAAUUUAUCACGUGUCUUCUAGUCUUGUGGUAGCUCUUAGUUGAUAUUUAUGAAGGUUUGUUCUUGUGUUUGUCAAGUCAAAUAUGAAAAUUUGAUAGUGAGGGCAUGUACCGAUUGACUGGUACUCUGGGAAUUUGUACAAAAUGUACAAUUGUUUGUUUUUAUUCAAGGAAAAGUAUAUAUUUGCUAUUUAAGACAUUUUAGACAGGAAUUAUUGUGACAGUCACAAAUUGUUUUCAUCACCAGCACUUCAUUUAUUUGCCAGACAUCUGAACUGUACUAUAUAGUAUAGGCUGGAAUUACAGAUGUAGAUGGUAUCCUAAGUUUGGAAAUUAACCUGACAGAGUUGGCUUUGCAGUACUUGAAAUAAUUGGUUGAAAAAGCACCACUUAAUAACAGGAUAUUUAUUUCUUUAAACUUUACACCAGGAUGCACUGGUUUGGAUUUGAAUCCUAGAUUCGUACACAUACUCUACUUGAAGAUGACACAUGUAGGAUGACAUUGUCACCUCAGGUCACCCAUCUGGUGAAACCUGUAGAUGUAUGUAUUUGGAUGGUGGAUGUUAAGUGUUUGACAAAAAGUAGUGUAAGGGAAGUAACUCUUAAAACAUGUUAUGCACAUUUAGUGAGAACUUCAAAUUACUUUCAUGUAAAUUUGUUAAAAUCUGUCUCAUAAAUAUUUUAUAUGAGAUAUGAACAGACUGGACUAAAUUUAAGACAUGUCAGUUGUCUAAAACAGGUACAUGUACAUUAAUUGAUCUAGCCUUCAAGAAGGAUAUCCAAAUUAGCUGUCAGUCAUACUUUUGACAAAUUCAGAUAGAAUUAACAUUGUCUUUUUAUAAUUGAAAAUAUCUAAUACCUAAUUGCCUUCAGUUUUUUUGGUUGUGUGUUAGUCUGAAGUGGGCUCGAUCAGUCCCAGCAUAAUGAAUCCUACAGUUAGGAACCCAACGCCUAUGUGACUCUGUUGUAUUUGAUCAUGUCUGUGACUUCCAGUAGGGUAUGGCUCUUGGUGGUGACAUCUCAUUUUGCCUUUAUGAUAUAUUCUAGAUAUAUAUUGGUGUAAAUGGGUUUUGUUUGUAAGUUCAGUUGUUUGGUAAAGUGUGCUGUUUGGAAUUGAGACAUUGUAAGAAUUAUUAACAUUUCUUAUUCAGGUUAUCUACAGGAAGUCUUAUCAGUGCCAAUGUGUGAUGUUGGAGUGCUUGUUUUGAGUCAGUACUGCCAAGAAGCUUGCAUGCAUCUUUGUCAGUAGUGCCCCCAGUUGUCACAUGUCAUAUAUUUAAUGUCUAUUUAUAUGAUUGCUUUGGCACAUUUAGAGGUCAUCUGUGGGUAGAGUUGAAAUUCUGUUCUGAAACCCACUGACCGAUGCCCCCAGCAAGUGGACCUUUGAGGAUCAAAAUUCAUUCACAAAAUAAAAAACUUUUGUCUGGCCAUUCAAAAAUGUAGGUGAAACCUCAAUCAUUCAAUUCUUUUCUGAUCGAAUAAUACAACUAACAUGAGGUUUCAACCGAAUUGUUUUUAAGAAAACAGAAACAUAUUUCAUGUAAAACUGUUUGGCAUGUCAAUUUAUCGUUUACCUUGACCAGUGUAUAGCAAACCUUGAAUACCUGAAUUUAACAAUAGCUCUAUGAGCAGUCAUGUUAUAAGUGGGAGUUACUUGGCCUUAUGUCCAAGUCUCUCAACAUGGAUCCAGCCCCGAACCCAUUAUCCCAAUAUCACAUACCGGUACCCCUUACACCUUACCUUUACCCAUCCCCCUAACCCACACCAUCUCUCCUUACACAGAACCAUCACUCCCUACCCCAAACCCAUCUCUCCCUACCCCAAAAACACCACUCCUUACACCACACCCAUCUCUCCUUACCCCAGAAACAUCACUCCCUACCCCACACCCAUCUCUCCCUACCAACACCCAUCACUCCCUACCCACACCCAUCUCUCUUUACCCCACACCCAUCACUCCUUACCCCACACCCAUAAAUCCCUACCCCACACCAAUCUCUCUUUACCCCACACCCAUCACUCCCUACCCACACCCAUCUCUCUUUACCCCACACCCAUCACUCCUUACCCCACACUCUUUACCCAACACCCAUCACUCCUUACCUCACACCCAUCACUCCUUACCCCACACCCAUCUCUCCCUAUCCC